UGCCUCGGCUGCUGGGUUYCUGUCACUCCCAUGGGUGGGACACGGUAAAGCUCAUCUGCCCCCCGCUGUUAACGUUUACAAGAGAUCUCGGAGCUCGUAGGUCUUUCUGUUGGGCCGGUGCUGAACAGGAACGUGAGCCGUAAAGGUGAAUGAAGAGUUCGGGGGCGUACUGUCCGAGGAUUAGCAUUCCUGCAUGGACAGCGUAAAGACUGAAGGAUCUCAGCCUGCCUACAGCCGCUGGUCAUACAGACCAUCCAGCUCUGCCAGCUUCUCCCCAAAUUCAACAUCAAGCUGCAUUGAAGGRGAUGAUGUCAAUUUUAUGCAACAGAAACUGGAAAAACAGAGGGCGCUGCUGGAGCAGAAACAACGGAGGAAACGUCAGGAACCCCUGAUGGUGCAGCCCAACACGGAGGCCCGGCCCCGCCGCCCCAGGGUACGGCGCGGUGAGGAACAGGCCCUGCUGGUGGAGUCCCAACUCACCGGCACCAAUGAUGCCGUCAUCGAUGGUUUUGAUGGUCCCGCAGCUUUCCUAGGCUCAGAAGCCCCCGAUCUGGGAAUGAAAAUCCAAAUCAUGUCGGUGAGCUGCUCCCAGACCCAGUCCCCCCCUGGGCUCGGCCAGCCCCAGCCCCAGCCCCCGUCCCCGGCCGCUGAAGAGACAGAGAGAGACGGAGACACUGAGACGCUGCUAGAGCCCAAGAUGGAUAUCCACGAGAUGCUGCAGAAACAAGGCCUGUGCGGCAGCAUGAACUUUGACGAAGCCAGCGAGCACGAGGACAACGUGGAGGACGAGCGCACGCAUUCUCUGUCCUGUCAAACUGACGCGAACAGGCCCGCCUCGGCUGCUAGUGGCAACAACGUUCCCGAGGAUGCAAUCCCAGGAUCUCCCACAACAGAUAGCCUGCUAACGGACGUAGCUAAUCUAGAGGAGUUUGUGUUGCGUCCGGCCUCUCGCGGGGUCACCGUUAAAUGCAGAAUCAGCCGGGACAAGAAGGGAAUGGACCGUGGCCUCUACCCGACCUACUUCAUGCACAUGGAGCGAGACGAUAACAGAAAGGUGUUUUUGCUGGCAGGCAGGAAGAGGAAGAAGAGCAAAACGUCCAACUACCUUAUUUCAGUCGAUGCCACUGACUUGUCGCGAGGGGGAGAGAGCUUCAUAGGCAAACUGAGGUCAAACCUUAUGGGGACCAAAUUUACAGUCUACGACAACGGCGGUAAUCCCAGUAAAAACACGGGGACUCUGUUGGAAGAAAGCGCCAUGCGGCAGGAGCUGGCUGCCGUCUGUUACGAAACCAACGUGCUGGGAUUUAAAGGRCCACGUAAAAUGACCGUCGUCAUCCCCGGCAUGAACAUGAACUAUGAAAGAAUUCCUGUAAGGCCUCAAAACGAACAGGAGAGCCUCGUGAACCGGUGGCAGAAUAACACGAUGGAAAACCUGAUCGAGCUGCACAACAAGUCCCCCGUGUGGAACGACGACACCCAGUCCUACGUCCUCAAUUUCCACGGCCGCGUAACGCAAGCUUCGGUGAAAAACUUUCAAAUCGUCCAUGACAACGACCCCGACUACAUCGUCAUGCAGUUCGGGCGGAUCGCCGAAGACGUCUUCACCCUCGACUACAAUUACCCCAUGUGUGCUCUUCAAGCCUUCGCCAUCGGUCUGUCAAGCUUCGAUAGCAAGCUGGCCUCUGUCAGCAAUUAUUUUGAAAUCCAUGACACGGCCUUCCAUUUGGCGCCACCUGCAGGCCAAACUUUGUGCUCCAAUCUGACCCAACCUGAGUGCUUGAACGGCCACUUUAUGUUCUUGUUUGUUUUCACAUCUUCAAACGUGUUUGUACUAUAAAACAAAUUUUAGCAUUAAUCUAUCAUAUUUGCGCUGUCUUCUCAUGUAUUCUUGUGUCAAAUGCAUAUUUAAAAAAAAUGUGUGUAUGUGUGUUUGUGGCUGUGAUGGUUUUUUUUUUCUUUUUUUGCAAGUUGAGUUAUUACAAAAACUCAUGCAGAAUUGCACAUUUUAUGAUGACAAAUACACAUUGUAUUUAAACAUGUUUUCUUGUCAAUAGUGUCGUUUAAAAAAAACAAGGCAUUUUCGAAUAUUUCUGUUUUUGAGUUCAGAUUAAAACACUUUAUUAAACCAACACAAAAAUCAUAAAGGGUUAUUUUAACAGUAAAUUAUCCAGUCCUCCUGUAAUUACAAACUAUCAUAUUGUUUUGAAAGUUUCAUUUAUUAAACCCCCAAAUGUUCAUUUUGUACUCUGCGGAAAUAAUGAAUUGUGCAAUUUAGUUAUGAAGAGCGAUGGUUUAUAAAGAAAUAUUUUUAAAUAUAUUCCUUUACUGUGAAAGGCUUUUGUCAAAAAUAUUCCAGUCUUAAAGUUUAUUUAGACAGUUAUGUGGCUGGAUUAUAUCAACAAAUAAAAACAAACUAUCCAACUUGUUUCAUGUUUUAUUAUGAUGGAAAAAAUGAAUGUAUCCAAUGGAAAUAUUUUCUGAACUUUCAGUUCAAUUUAAAACACGAGAGAAUAAAGGAAUUACUCAUUUCCCUUGGAUGUCACUUGGUGAAAUUAAAAUAAAAGUCGUUCUCCUAAAAGAA